AUGACGACGAUACAACCAUUUGAAGCUACUGAUCUGCUGCAGCUUAACAAUGUCAACCUGGACAUUUUAACGGAGAAUUUUCCGCUAGAGUUUUACUUAGAGUACCUGAUAUUAUGGCCAGAGCUCUUUUUUGAGAGUCAAGAGGUAACGAAAACAAAGAUAAACAGCGACCUACGUGAGAUCUCAGGUUACAUGAUGGCCAAGACUGAAGGGAAGGGGCCUGAGUGGCACUCCCAUAUCACGGCAGUCACCAUUGCUCCCGAGUUUCGGCGUAUCUCUUUAGCCUCCAGUCUUUGUAAUACUCUCGAGACCAUAACUGAUAACCAACCACACAAUGUGAACUUUAUCGAUCUGUUUGUGAAAUGCAAUAACAGCUUGGCUGUAAAGCUAUAUGAGAAACUAGGAUACUCAGUUUUCCGAAGAGUUGUAGGUUAUUACAAUUCUUCAGAUGACAAGUAUCCCAAUAAUUUGAGCAAAACUCAUGACGAUAAAGACGCAUUCGACAUGCGUAAAGGGAUGCAACGAGAUUGUGGUCGCAGUAUAAGAAAUGAUGGUAAGAGAAAUCGUUGUUUCCCGCAUGAUGUAAGAUUUUAA